AAAAAAAAAAAAAAAAAAAGUUAAAGAAAAAUCUUUGCUCAGGUCGGGGACCAAUCUUUGUCGGUUUGGCCCAGAUCCAUCCAACUCUCCUUUUCUUAACUAGGCUUAGUUUCCCUUGUUUUGAAGCUUAAACAAGCCUGUUAUUAACCACAUUUCCCGCACAAUGUGUUUGGGUUUGAGUCAGAUCUAGGCCUUCAAAGUGGAUCGUUGUGAAAAUGGGAGAGAAAUCGGGGAGUUCCAAAGGGUGGUGUGGGUGGUUUUUGGUUCUGGUGAUUUUGGCUGUCGUUGUUGCUGCGGUAGUGGUCACAAUUAAGAAGAAAACGAGUCACUCCGACAAGGCGCCUCCCGUGCCUGGUCCUCCCGGCGCCACUGUCAAGAAGUAUUCCGACGCUCUCAAAGUUUCUAUGCAAUUCUUCGACGUACAAAAAUCUGGUAAGUUGGUAGAUAACCCGAUAUCUUGGAGAGGGGAUUCGGCUCUGAGAGAUGGAAGAGAAGCGAAGUUGGAUCUGUCGAAAGGAAUGUACGAUGCCGGGGAUCACAUGAAGUUUGGUUUUCCGAUGGCUUUUACUGCCACAGUGUUGUCCUGGGCCAUCCUUGAGUAUGGAGAUCAGAUGGAAACAGUGAGUCAGUUGGAACCAGCUAAAGACUCGCUCAAGUGGAUCACUGACUACCUUAUCAAUGCUCAUCCGUCCGAUAAUGUUCUCUACAUUCAGGUGGGUGAUGCUAAAGCGGAUCAUAGUUGUUGGGAGAGGCCUGAAGUUAUGACUGAGAAGAGGCCACUCACGCAGAUCAACACAUCUGCUCCAGGAACAGAGGUUGCAGCUGAGACUGCAGCAGCUAUGGCUUCAGCAUCUCUGGUGUUUAAGAAAGUUGACCCUUCAUAUUCAACAACACUCCUUAAGCAUGCCCAAAAAUUGUUUACUUUUGCUGACACAUACAGAGUUUCUUAUAGUCUUAGCAUCCCUGAAGUCCAGACCUACUACAAUUCAACAGGAUUUGGAGAUGAGCUCUUAUGGGCUGCUAGCUGGCUCUAUCAUGCUACAGGGGAUAAAUCAUACCUUCAGUAUGUGGCCCAGGAUAAUGGAAAAGCGUUUGCUCAAUUUGGAAGUCCAACCUGGUUUAGUUGGGAUAACAAGCUUGCAGGAACCCAGGUUCUGUUGUCCAGGUUAAGCUUCUUUGGAACCAAAGACAUCUCAGACUCGGAAAAAAAUGGUCUUCAAAUGUAUAGGAAGACAGCUGAGGCUGUUAUGUGCGGCCUCCUACCAGAUUCUCCAACAGCCACAGCCAGUAGAACCGACAGUGGUCUCGUAUGGGUCAGUCAGUGGAACUCUCUGCAGCAUCCUGUUGCUUCUGCAUUCUUGGCUACUCUUUACAGUAAUUACAUGCUUACAUCACAAACUGCGAAGAUAUCAUGCAAUGGAAAAUCCUUCUCCGCGGCAGAUCUUCGGGACUUUGCCAAAUCUCAGGCUGAUUAUCUCUUGGGUGGCAAUCCCUUGAAAAUGAGUUUUCUUGUGGGGUAUGGGGAUAAAUACCCACAAUUUGUGCACCAUAGGGGAGCUUCAAUUCCAACUAAUGCAAAGACUGGCUGCACUGAUGGCUUCAAGUGGCUCAACUCAACUGAACCCAACCCAAAUGUAGCCGUCGGAGGGCUUGUUGGCGGGCCCUUCCUAAACGAAACUUACGUCGACUCCCGGAACAACUCCAUGCAAGGAGAACCAACCACGUAUAACAGUGCCGUCCUAGUCGGCCUCCUAUCGAGUUUGGUCACCACCUCUUCAGUUGUCCAAUCCUUCACCUAAAGCUGCCUCAGUACAUAAUUACGCCAUGUUUGUACUAUAGCUAGCCAUUUGCAUGACCAGUUGCACUGCAAAAUUUAGCUUCUGAUUAGGUUGGUUUGCAAGAGUGAGAUAUGUUUGGCUCAAUUGCUCUGAUUCCUGGUCAAUUGUUCUAGUAAACGUCAGGUAUGGUUCCUUUCUUGCGGUGUCUAUGUAACAAUUUGUUAUUGUUUCAUUUUAUAGUAUUAUAUUUUUUGUGUUCCAUCUCCCACCAACAAAGUGCAGACCAAUUUAUGUAAUAUGAUGGAGGAAACAAGAAUAUUAGCAUAUUACUGCCCCUUAAUUUGAAACAAAAAUUAAGUAUGGAGGAAACUA